CGAGCGCAAUGUCAGCUCCAGUCGCACAGGCUAUGGCUCCUUCGGUUCAUGGCUGGAAAAGGCGCUUCUGGAGCAAUAACGUCCUUCGGCCCUCGACCAUAUGCGUCGCAGAGUCUGCUCCGCCAUUCAAACCAAGAUACACGUCGUGAGCACGUGAAACAGACUCCAAGGCGACAAGUAUCUCAGAGAUUGCGAGUCAGGAAGCACAAGGCCAGAGCAGAGGCUCAAGUAGAAGCUGUCGAAGAUUCCAACCUACUCCUCACCAACGACCUACGGCAGGCAAUCAGUGACGUAAAUAUUAAGACAGUGAUUAUGAUCUUUCCGGAGGCGUUGCAGCGUCGAGUACUUGACCGGAGCUUGGUGUGGCGCAUAGCCCAGUGUCUUCACGAAGCCUUCCGCCGAGAAAAGCGCGUGGCAAGGGACAAGGCUCGCCGAGAAGACACUGAUGAGCUGAUUGCAUUUACCAGAGAGCUUGUGAAAGCCAUCAAAAGCUCAGGUCUUCUGCCAGACAGGCGUGCCCACCUCCAUUUGCUGGCUAUAUUCAAGGAGUCAGGCGUUCGAGCGGAAGGGGUAGCUUUCUGGAAAUGGCUCGAGCUACAGGAUGACCAACAUACUGACCCAGAUGUAUAUGGCGCGGCCAUUGAGCUGCUUGCUGUGGAUGGCGCAUCUUUGGCUGAUCUGGAAGCCUUGUACGAACAAGCUUUGCAGCGCUUUCCAGGCAGCUUCAAUGCUUACCAUCUCUCCCCAAACGCCAUUCUGACCGAUCGUGAUCAGCGUACAGAGAUCAAAGGGGUACCGAUGACGCUGCUUCAAGGUAUCCUUACAGCACGUCUACUACGCGGUGACUCUCGCAACGCGUAUCUGGCACUGGACACGGCAAUAAGACUCUAUCCUACAAUCACUCCCCCUCGUUUCUUCUCACUCUUUAUCGAUGAGCGACCCGUAGAAGAAGCGUACACCGUCUUUGCUAUCGCGUGUCGAGCUGGUAUCAUAUUGCCUUUCGAUACCGCCAGAAAACUGUUAGCUGCUCUACGCACAAGCUCCGACCUAAGUUCACUUACCGCCCAUCUUUCUGCGUUGAGGCAGAUGGUGUUACUCAUUUACAUGUACGUCGGUGCUGGAGGCCGUGUGAGCAGCAACGCGGUGAAUGAAAUGAUCAUUGGUGUGACCCAACUCUUACGACUUCACGGCAUAGCAGAGCUGGCGCAGAAGUCGAAGAAGCAGCUGGUAGAAACUGUGAUGGGAACCGUCCGCAAAAUGAUCUUGCUCUCGGCGAGGCUUGGUGUCAAACCCGGUAUGGCGGCAAUCAACUCAAUCAUAACGAACCUAGGCGGGUACGGCGAAUCGAGGCAAAUCAUCGGUAUCGCACUCAAGGCUGCCGAGGCACUUGAUCUGGAGCCAACUCGGAUCACUUUCCGUUCAAUCAUGGCUUCAGCGGGCCUUCUUGGUGAUGGUCAUCUGGUUGGCCGGACUUGGCAGGACCUUGCGGACUCGAGAAAUGAUUUGGGCGGGAGCCUUGACAUGUCCGACUUCUUGGUCCUCCUCAAGGCAGCCAAAAUGUGUCGGAGUCCGGACCUUGUUACUGAGGCACUUAAGAACUACGGACACAUGCUGAGAGAAGAAGAGUGCGAGAUUAUAUCUGAACGUCUGCAUGACUCACCCGACCGUGACAAGCCAACCGGUGGCUACGAUCGUGUAGAAGUUGGGGAUAUACUCUCCGGUGUGCGCAUGCUCGAGCAAGACCUGGACAUCUUCAACGAUCGAACCGAUGCCUUGCCUGGGAUCACCGACUACAAUCCAGAGCAUCUGCCGAUUCUCCUAUCUCCACUUCCAGACAACUUGCGCCUGGCGGAGCGCGCUGUACGCCACAUAUAUGAUGAGCUUACCACGGAGCAGCGCGUCAACACUUCGGCAGAGACGUCGAGCGCGACUGGUGAGCAUGGACACACCGCAAGCCAUCAAGGAGGAGUGGAAACAUCUUCGAAGUCAGCAACGCCCGCCUUGAAUACUGCAGACAUGCCUUUGGGCACACUGCGCUACGAGAAUUGGAAGGUCAUUAAUUAUCUGCUUGCGCUGGCAGAGAGCAAUGACAAGCUUUACCAUGAUGCUGUCCACCAUGCAAUCUCAUCUGGAGUUGCGCCGCCUACGCGUGAGAGGGUGAUACAGGGAAGAUUGCACGGAGAGAAGGAGGUGGGGCAUGGUUUGAGCGAUGCACGAAACGGUGCGUCUGUGGCAGACGACGUUGCAGAUCCUACGCACAUUGAAUCAGUUCGGGCAGAGAUAAUCCGCUUAAGAGCUCUUUAGCUGGGACUUUGAUCAUACGUGAGGACAACGUUCUCAAAUAUGCAUAGGCCGGACCAUGUAGAUAAGUGGAAGUUCUCUGAUUUAAUGGUCAUUACUUGCGUAUGAAUUUACCCAAUGUGUUCGCCG